GGUGGGUAAACUGAGAGGUGUUGAGUGUCCAGACAGUUUGAAAGCAGGUAUGAGGAAAUGAGUCAGAGAGCAAAGCAGCAUUUGUUUAUGAAGGAGGGGCAGGAAAGAGAGUAACGCCCCUAGGCCAGGGUGAAAUAUUUUCAGUGCAAAGAAUUCCUGGUGGUAUGAAUCCUCUCUGUUUGGCAGGCGGCAGACUGACACGUCUGGGUCAUUCUGGAGACCAGAGAUGGACCCAAACGGGACCCUGGUAGCUACCUUGUCUGGGCAGCCCGUGAGGACAGGCAGAUUAUUAUACCCAGGCCCUGACCUCUCACAGCGCCCACUGGACACGAUUGGCAGCGUUGGCUGAGGCGUGGUGCUGUGGCCGGCUGGGGCAGGAGGGUGAAAUACCUUGGCGUUAUGGGGACGCUGCUUCUUUGGGAAGGCAGAUCCGGCGGCUGCAAGCGCCGGGUGAUGUCCCGCGGCUCUGGCCACUGCUUCCCCUAGCGGCGACCGGGGGAACGCGGCGGGGCCGGGCGCUGAUGCAAUCGGAACCCCCAAGCAGCAGCCGCGAGCAGCCGCGGCCGGGAGAGUCUCAGUUCCUUCCAGCCUCCGCUGCAACGUGUCCCAAAGCAGGCAGGCGCUGCAUGAGGGAGAGACUGACAGCCUGUAGGCGCUUCAUCCUCAUCGGUGACCGAAGGGAGCGGGGCCGUGGAGAAAGCUCUUCCUGCCUUCAUCUGGAAAUUAAUGCUCUUGCCCCAGCAUGAUGAAGGGCUGUCAGAAUGAGUGCCCAGCUGGAGGAUGUACAGGGGGAGCCACAAAGCAAGCAACUGAAUCUUUCAAGGCUGCAGACUUAAUUAUUAACCCAGCUACCACUUUCAAGGAAAAACCAGACCCUAGUGGUUUGGUGUUUGGAACUGUUUUCACAGACAACAUGCUGAUAGUCGAAUGGUCUUUGACUUCAGGAUGGGAGAAACCUCAUAUUAGGCCUCUUGAGAACCUUUCAUUACAUCCAGCCUCAUCAUCUCUCCACUAUGCUGUGGAACUGUUUGAAGGGAUGAAGGCUUAUCGAGGAGUGGAUGGUAAAAUCCGCCUGUUCCGCCCAACGCUCAACAUGGACAGGAUGCUGCGGUCAGCGGCACGAGCAACACUGCCAAGUUUUGACAAGGAGGAGCUAUUAGAGUGCAUCCGGAAGCUUGUGGAAGUGGAAAAAGAGUGGGUCCCGCACUCUACGUCUGCAAGCCUGUAUAUCCGCCCUACUUUAAUUGGAACAGAGCCUUCUCUUGGAGUCAAGAAGCCAACUAAAGCCCUGCUGUAUGUUAUACUGAGUCCUGUGGGCCCAUACUUUGCAAGCGGAAGCUUUAAUCCAAUAUCCUUAUGGGCAGAUCCCAAAUAUGUAAGAGCCUGGAAAGGAGGAACGGGGGACUGCAAAUUGGGAGGGAAUUAUGGUUCUUCCAUCUAUGCCCAGCGUGAAGCUAUGGAAUUAGGGUGUCAGCAGGUUCUGUGGCUGUAUGGAGAGGAUCAUCAAAUCACCGAAGUCGGAACAAUGAAUCUUUUCCUGUACUGGGAAAAUGAAGAUGGAGAAGAGGAACUGGCAACCCCACCGUUAGAUGGCAUCAUUCUUCCUGGAGUGACAAGGCAGAGCAUCUUGGAGCUGGCACGCAAGUGGGGAGAAUUUAAAGUGUCUGAGCGGUACAUCACCAUGAGUGAUCUGACUGCUGCCUUGGAGGAAAACAGAGUGAAGGAGAUGUUUGGUGCUGGGACAGCUUGUGUCGUAUGCCCUAUUUCUAAAAUAUUAUACAAAGGCAAGAAUUUGCACAUUCCAACUAUGGAGAAUGGACCUCAGUUAGCAACCCGCUUCCUGAAUCAGCUGACUGAUAUCCAAUAUGGAAGAGAAGACAGCGAAUGGACACUUCUGGUGUCAUGAAUGCAGAGUGGCGGGGAUCAGACCUUCCAUACUCUACCAACAGGCCAAACCGUUACACCAGAACAAUCACCGAUUUUCUGUAGCUGCCUGUUUAGAGCUGUGCGUAGGGUAGUCAGUGUUCUCCCUUUCCUCCCCAGGGUGAUUGUUUCCACAUACCAGGGAAUGUGAACAAAAUCAUUAUGAUUUCUGCCAUAGUCUUGCUAAUAGAAGCCUGUCUUCUUGUUAGAGGUGCUAGAUGUAAGCAAUAGAACUGUCCCAACUGUUUUCUUGGUGCCUCCUUGUGUCUUAUGUACAGUCCAAAAACUUGUCAAAUACUCUUCAACUGCUCUUCAGUGUAAGCCACGGUGUUUUUUCAACUGCCACCACUACCGGAGCAGACUGCCAUAUAAAAAAAGUUGCCCAUUACUUAGGAGAACAGUUACUAUCCUUUAGUCCUAUUUCAUUUGCAUCCUCAGGCAAUGGAUUAUGUUUUUCUCUGUUACUCCACUUAUGUGGGAGGUUCCUCGCUGCAUUCCCAGAGCCCUGAGGAGCCUCUGUUUUUUAUUCUGCCAACAUCAUACCCUCACCUUUUAGGCCCCAUGUCAGAGCAACCACUCCUUUAGAAUGAUGAUGAAUUGGUGGGAAAUCCCUUCAGAGCCCGGCAACAGCACUCCUAAAUCAGCUUACAAGAGCUAGUAGUGAUCUUUCCCCACCCAAGGCUUUACAGUGCUCCCUGGCCUGGCUGGCCCACUUGUUUCUUAAUAUGAUCUUCUAUUUUUUUGAAGAGGCCAUGGCUUUCCAGUAUGGGUUCUCCUACAUCUUCCCCUGCUUGCCAGUGGAAAGUGCUCAGUGCAGGAGAACAGAGGGAUUUCGUUCACCCUUUGUCAUUCUGCACUACCAUGUUCCCUUACCUCUUCAUACACCACUUGACUCAUGAUACACUCUCUUGUUGCUAUUUGGAAGCAGAUACAGAGCUGUUAGCUCGCAAUUAGGAAAAUUAAUAACUUCUGCACCGUUUCUUUAAUCCUUAAAUAUGCCACCAUCCAUAUAAGCUUUCUCAUCUAUGCGCACACUUUUCUCAACUAGUUUUAAGAUGUCUCUCCCAAAAAGGAACUACAGUAUUCUGUAGCAAUACUCCAAAAUGCUAGGGGCCUGCUUCUUCUGUUACUCUGGCAUAGAACUGAUGUAACUUCAUAGCUGUCAAUGGAGUUACACCUGCAUAAAAUCAGAUCCUACAUUUUACACUAGCCAUACAGCAGUAUUUUGGGAACUAACUAGUAUUUUUUUAAUAAGGGGGGAAGAGUUUGUCUCCCACACUUUCUAACAGACCCCACCUCUAACUAGCAAUUGCUAACACAAUGUAAAAUAUACUAAGCAUCAUCUCUAAUGGGCAGCCCCCUGUCUUAAGCCACCACUUAAAAUUAUCCACAGGGGUUUCUUGUACAAUAUUUGGUCAAACAUUAACCCUCAGUCUCUAGUAGGCCAUCAUUUUCUGCUGGUCCCAUGAGUGGUGAGUUAGACACAUCUUUCUGUAGUCUCUUCUGAUACCUUAUUGAAGAACAGUUGAAGGUUACCAGUGACAAUUGUUCAGAGUGAGUUGUUGGACAGUGUUCUAUUUAGAAUAUACCUACAAGCACAAAAUGCUAUUUCAUUUAUGGUAGCAGUAGUACUGUGUAUCUCUUCUACUCACAAUUUGAAUCUGUACUGUGCUCUGUUCUCUGUUCAGUUUCUUGCGAUGUAUCACAGGCCACUGUUUGUUUGUUUGUUUGUUUGUUUUUAUUCAUCUACUGGAAAAAUUAACAUGGGGGAUACAUUGAGAUAUGAUGUGGGGUAAAAGCGUUUUUCCAACAAGGCAAGUACCACAACUGGAGUGCCUUUGACUAGAGUGUGUGUCAUAGAACUCAUACAAGGUUACGUCAUGAGUGAGACUAAAUGGCUUCCUAUUACUGGACUGUAACCUGUUCCCUCACGUUUAGCUUAGAUAAUUGUCUUUGAUAGCAAAAGUCUAGGUGGUUCGGUUUAACGAGGUGCCUGGGGAAUUGGAUGUGCUACUCCCAUACUUGAGAUAUCAAUAGUAUUAACAGAAGUUGCAAAUCACAUUCCCCUUGGACAGUGCUGACAGUAGUCUACUCACAAGUCAGAGUGAAGAAAUGAAGACCAGUUACAAUGAUUGAUUUAGAAUGGUUGACUCCUUAAAGAGGUGAGUGAAACCGUUCUUAAAUCAGACUACAAUAAUUUUAAGUGGGGCUCGACAUUGGCCUGUACUUGGGGUGGUCUACACUAACUUUUGGGGAGACCUGAGUUAGACCUCCUGUCUUACCUCUUCACCUCUUGUACUGCUGAAGACCUCAAAAGUGCAAUGGCUAACAGAGGACAAAAUUGGAAGGUCCACAAAAAUAUGAGUUAUUUCCUAGAGAAAAAAUGAAACCAUGUGGAGCACUCCCAGUCAGCUGGUGUCACCUCUGUGAAUACUUUUGCUCCCUCUUAAUGAAUUCAAACAGCCUUGAUUAUUUUCAUUCAGGCUCUGGGUGAAUAGGUUCCAGGUUUUAAACAUUAUAUACUAAAUAAACCAGCAGAGUAUUUUGAUCUUGCAUGACAAUCUUGUGUGGAAAUACAUAGCCUGUGUUCUGCAUCUGUAUUAUUUUAUCCUUUUAUCAUAAAAUUCCAAGAAAUAACAUUUGUAAACAACAGUGAGCACUUGAGAGAUACUGUGUUCUCCUUAUUUUAGCCCAUAAAGUUUAGGAAGGAACCAUGCUAUUCCCUGAGCUGAUAGAUUGUAAAAGAACAUCUGCACAUCUCUUUUCCAUGAGCGCUAUUUGUUUAAUUGUAGCAGAUUAACAUAGAAAGGCUAUGGUACAUCAUAACUAGGCAAUUAUCCAUUCUUCAUCACUUAGUUAUGGUUACACUAAUUGAUCAUUUAAGAAAUAAGAUAGUCUAACAUUAGGAACAUUUGAGGCUGUUCAGAAAAGAUCAACAAAUUAAUAAUUGUGUGAUAUUUGCAUAAUUGGCUGCAAUUAUUUAAUGUUUAAUUGGGUUGAUCAAAUGCGAUUCAGCCUCUCACAUGUGUAUGCUUUACAAACAGUGGUACUUUAAAAUGAUAAUGAUGAACUAUAAUUUUUGCAAGUUCUUUCUUUCCCCCACUUCAUUCUUUGAUUAUUAUUUUCAGCCUUGAGCGUGUUCCUAAUUUUCAGUUUAGUUUCAGCUAUUCUUCUGUCGGAAAAAAGUCCUAAAAAUGAGAUCCCAUUUCAGAGGUCCACAAAAACUAGUGUUUUAUACAAACCUUGAUGAUGCAGGAGUUGUGGAAUUAGCAGCUGUCACUGCAUUGCCAUAUUCGUAAUAGCAGUUCAGGGUAAAUACACCCAGGGGUAACAAUUAUUUAUUCUGGUGAGAACUCUGGCAAAGGAUCCUCAGGGUAGAAAGUCCAUCCAGAGGAGGUUGUGGCAGCACAAAGCAAAUGUAAUUUCCUUGCCCGGGGAGUUAGGAGGGCAGCAAGGACCAAAAAAUGGGAGAUGUUGGCCAGGGGGACAUGGCCAUUGGAUGUUCUCACUCAAUAUAAUUUUCAACAGCGACCAUGAGAAGGAUUUCCAGAAAACCCCAGCCAUAAGCUAAGUCUGCCCACAUCCCCUAGCAGAAAUCCCUGAGGGAUUGCAUUGGCAAUACCACCUGCCCUUUUUCUGGAUGAAUCACCACUGGAGUGCUGGGAGAUAUAAUUGAACCGUCCCUGCCUAAGUGCUGGUGAUUCUCUUGUCCUUAUUUUACAUUACACCUGGAGAAUGGUAAUUUGAAAAAUAGGGCAUUUGAAAGGUAAGGGUUCAGCAUGUGCUGGUGGGAAUGGACACACAAUAGGGUGUGUCCACACUUCAAGUUAGAGGUGCGAUUCCCAGAUUGAGGAGACAUACCCACGCUAGCACUGAUAGAGCUAGCAUGCUAAAAACAGAGUGUAAGCCGCGAUGAUGGGAGCAGCAGGAGGGGCUAGCCAUCCGAACAGAGGCCCAGGGUCUUAGAAGGGACUGUACACAAGGAAGCUAGCUCCUUAAACUACUGCAGCUACGCUUCUAUUUUUAGCAUGCUAGCUCAGUCAGAAUUAGUGUGGGUAUGUCUCAUUGAGCUGGGAGUCGCACCUUCAGCUUGAUGUGCAGACAUACGAAUAUGUGAACCAUCCCUCGUGUCCAAGCAACUAGUAGUGGGCAAGGCAGAAGGGGCAAGAGUUGAGAGCUAUUUCACAGACCCAUCACCAGUGGGGAAGGAGAGGAGGGACUCUUGUCCAGUGUUAUCUAUAGAGCAAGCUAUGUAAUCUCCUCAAAUCACUUAGCCCCUUUCCUUUGCUUCAGUAUGUAACAAUGCAACGUCCUAGAGCAAAUGUUGCAAUGCCCUGUCAGAGCAUGACACAGUGAUUGAUCUUCCAAGCCUCGCUCAGACUCCUUUCACCUUUUCAUGACCCUGCAUAUAGUGCACAGAGGAGACAGGCCCAGUAAUGAGAGAAAAGCAGCAUGCAGGUGGGUGUACUUGUAUCACAGUGUAGGUCUAUGCUGCAGUAAAAAAACUACAGCAAGUCUCAGAGCUGGGGCCAACUGACUUGGGCAUGUGCUCCAGGGCUAAAAAUAGCAGUGCAGAUGAUUGGACUGGAGCCUGGGACCCUCCCCUGUCACCAGGUUACAGAGCCCAAGCUCUAGCCCAAACCCAAACUUCUAUACUGCUGUUUUUAGCUGAAAACGCAAGCCCCAUGAGCCGAAGUCAGCUGACCUGGGCUCUGAGACUUGUUGCUGUGGGUCUUUUAUUGCAGUGUAGACACACCGGCUUUCCAGGUACCUAAAGCAGAGCUAAUACUGAAGACCUACCCAGAGAUGGGGUGGGUUCUCCAUCACUUGGAAUCUUUAAAUCAAGAUUGGAGAUGUCUUUCUAGAAAAUAUGCUGUAGCUCUGCCAGAGGUUAUGGACUUGGUGCAGAGUUUACUGGAUGAGCUACAGCCUAUGCUGUGUAGGAGAUCAGACUAGAUGAUCAUAACGGUUCUUUUUGGCCUUAAAAAUCUAUUUGUAAGAAGUUUGUAUUUAUAGCUCCCCUGGGCAGUCAGUGUCUGUGCUUUCAGUCAUCGCCUGGGUCUUUCUCCCCCUCACCUAUUUUGCAAGUAAUGUUGGCACAGGUAGGUGCCAGCUUUUUCCUUUCCCUGGGGUGCUCAACCCCUGCUUAGGGCACAGGCCCUACCCCCACUCCACCCCUUCCCCCACACCUCUGCCCCUUCCUGCCCCCUCCCCUGUAUAUGCCCAGUGCCUGCUCCUCUCCCCCCUGCGCUUCCUGCAUGCCGCAGAACAGCUGCUCACAGGAGGCACUGGGAGGGAGGGGGAGGAGUAGAUUGGCGGAGCUGCCUGCAGGCGGGAGAUUCUGAAGGGAGGAGGAGAAGUUAAUCGGCAGGGCUGCCAGUGGGUGGGAGGCACUGGGGGGAGGGAAGAACUGGCUGCUGGUGAGUGUUAAGCACCUGCUAAUAUUUUUCCGUGGAUACUCCGUGGGGCUAAAUUUUAGCACAGUCAGUAACUCAUAUUAGUGGAGCCUUUGCAGUUAAUUCCCUAUGGUGCUGGAAAGGCAAUUUCUUUGGCGCUGAAACAGAUUUCUGGUCAAGGAGUGUGGAAGUCAUUAAAGAGCAGCAGAAUGAGGAAAAAGGUGAUGGGCUUUUAUCUGCACAAUACAUUUUAUUGCAGGUGUUUUACUCAUUCCAGUCUGGAAACCUCUUCUUCCAAAAUAUUUUUAUUAAAACUUUUAAAUCUGUAUUUCCUUACAGAUGGUCAGCCUCUAGACAAGAAUGCGCAGGGCAUUCCAUUAAUUCAAAUUCUAUUAAAUAUAAUGAACAAAAACAUCUUUAGUCUAAAGUGUAAGUCUGGACUCUCAUCGCCUUCAUGAAAUGCAAAAUAUACCUCUGAAUUCUGAUUUCUUUCCAUGUAUCUAACUAAAUUAUAACUGAAAACCGAGUGUGCUAUUAAUACCUGGAGCAUAACACAAAACCCUAGCCAAAAACUUUUUACCCUGAGUUCUUUGAUCCCAUUUGCAAAAUGGGCCACAUAUUAGAAAGGAUGGGAGUUUGAGCAAAGGCUGAGGAGCCACAUACUCCAGAGUUUCAGUUCUGGCUCUGACAUUAACUCUGCAAUCAUGGGCAAGUCAUCUAGCCUCUUUUUGACUCCACUUGCCCACCUGCAAAAUGGAAAUAGUGCAACCUAACUGACUGGUGGUGUGAUCUCAUAUUUUUGGCUUGGGGGGCAUGGGAGAAAUCUUAAAAAGUCUGCCCUGUUAUGAGCACAGAAGCUGGGAGGUAGGAAGACAUUUCCUCAUAUAGGAAGGUUAUCCCGUAACUGCAUUCAUAAAGGAACACGAGCAUUAGAAUCGUCCUACCUAUUCCUUUAUUAAACAUGGUGUUUAUUAGCCUAGGUUCCAAUAUAUUUUUCCCUGACCAGGAUGGAAAAAUCUGGCAACUGUAUUAGCCAAACCAUGCUGUAGGUGUCCCCAGUUGCACAGAUGGGGACUUGAUUGUCCAUUGUCCUUGUGCAGUCAUUUACACCAGUGCAAAGUAGGUGGAAAAAUGCUACCAAAUCAGACAGGUCAUGCUUUUUGGUCUGUGGCACAAUUGCAAAAGUCAUUUCUCAGACACAAAAAAACCCAGAAAACCCUCUGUCCCCAUGGGCUAGAGAACCAUGCCAGUACCUUACUAGCACCAAUCAUGUUGAAACAUUCUGCUGGUGCCAGUGUGGAUAGACCCAUGUGACUCUCCUUUAAUCUGAAGGAAGACCUGUGUUGAAAUACGCAAAAUAAAUCCCCCCACCAAAAAAAGAAAGGAUAGAAAGAAUCAAUGUUUUGGGGGAUAUAUUUAUUCUGGGUUUGCUCAUUUAAAAAAUUGUGAUUUUAAAAACCAGACACUAUCAGUCACUUUUUACCUGAAUUAUUAAGGCCAAGAUAUUAAAAUUGGGCCCUAACAGUCAAUGGGAGCUGCUGGGUGCUAAGCACUUAUGAAAAUUUGGCCAUUUUUUCAGGAGUCCAGAUAAAGAUUCAGGAGUCUAACUUUAGGUUUUGGAAGUUAUGUUGCCUAAAUGUUUAGAAUUGCUGGCUGGGUGAGGUUAUUGUAAGAAAAGAGACUAAGACUUUGAAGAAGAAAGUAACCAUGAUUUACAAAUGCCUGUACAAUUCUUUGUAAUAACCCCCAUGGGGAAUCACUUAUGUUAAUGACCAACUAUGUCUUUGGAAAAUAUUAAGUAAAAUAUGUUCUCUUUCCAUCCAUACAAUAGUUAGUCCUCUUGGUACAUUUAAGUCUGUUUUAGAACUUGAUCCUGCCAGGUGCUUAGCAGUGGACUUAAGUGGGAGCUGAUGGUGCUCAGCAGCUAUCGGAGGUACUUGCCAUCCAGCAGGAUCAGACACACUGAAGGCGUCAUCAGAUCUAUUAUGUCUGGCGUAAUUGUAAAAGUGAUUGAGAUAAGAAAAGAGGAGCCUCUGAUAACUUUCUGUACAGGAAUAUUUACAAACUUUUGGUUUUCUUUUUAAAAUAUACAUGGAUUUAAAAAUAAUUUGGUUUAAUUUUUUUUUUUUUAAUUCCCCAACAACCCCAAACCCACCCAUAAUCUUUAAGAAGUGUCCAGAAGAAAAGCAAGCAAUGGCUGUGACACUUUCUUAGGGUCCCCAGGACUCUGAGUCACAUUGUUACCCUGAAAAAAGAAAAGGAGGACUUGUGGCACCUUAGAGACUAACCAAUUUAUUUGAGCAUGAGCUUUCGUGAGCUACAGCUCACUUCAUCGGAUGCAUACUGUGGAAAUUGCAGAAGACAUUAUAUACACAGACACCAUGAAACAAUACCUCCUCCCACCCCACUCUCCUGCUGGUAAUAGCUUAUCUAAAGUGAUCAUCAAGUUGGGCCAUUUCCAGCACAAAUCCAGGUUUUCUCACCCUCCGCCCCCCCCCCCCCGCCCCUCCGUUACAAGUCUUUUUUAUGGUAGCUGGCUCUCAGCUCCCUGUCACUGCCAGCCCUUCAGCCACUCAAACACUCUCCUCUGGGCUCUGCUGGCCCUUACUUUGCCUUGCAGGUUAACAAUAGGUACAUCCCAGUCCCUGAGCCACUCCAAAAGCAUCCCCCCGAUAGUGUCCAGCCCCUGUCACGGGACACUGUAAUUACGAGGAUUGCAACUCCCAAGGGAAUAGAACACAAGUACCAGCUUAUUUGAUUCAACUGAGUACAAGCUCCAAUCCAAGAGCACAGCACUGUAAUCUAUUAAUACUCAAAACAAAUAUAAAUUUAUUAAUAAAGGUAGAGAUUUAAGAGAUAGCGAGGAACGGUAAUAAGAGUCAAAGGUUACAAAUAAAAGUAUAACACACGUCUGCUAGAUUAAAACUUAACUGUAGCAAGCUACACUCCUUUGUCUAAAAUAGUCUCUCACCUCAGCUUUUUCUGCAUAGUUGCUGGUUUCAGUCAAGCCAGGAUCCAAAACAUUCAUGAAUCACACACCCCUCCCCCCCCCUCCACCAAGGGUGUUCCUCAGUGAAGUGGAUAACAUAGGGGUCCUUUUUCCUUUCUCUUAUACCUCAAAGUUAGUCUUUGCCCUCCUGAGACAAGACAACCCCCGGUGGUUCUAGUCUUUGGUGUCACCCCAUGUUGACGUCACAUCCUCGAGUUUAUUUAGAAUACGAAUGUAGCUCCUAUUGUGUUUGGCUUCCAAUGAUUUUCAGUCAAUACUAAGUGCUAGUGGGAGGUGCCAGGGUAAAGCCUUCUGUCCCCAGGACAGGUACAGCAAGGGCAGUGACAGAAUAACCUUCUCCUGCAGUGCUCCACCACAGUACGUCAAUCAUGUUCUGGGGUCCGCAUAGUAUUUCUAGGCCCAUUCGGCUCUGAGAACAAGACUGUCAAUUAGUGCCAAAUGUUGGAGUGAUGAUUUACGAUGUGACCCGCUAUUUGGGAAAGUGCUGAUCACAAGCUGAAGUGCUCAAAGUUAUGCACAUGCUUUCCUGAAUCGGAGCCUGACACCUUAACUGAGACCAGCAACUCACUUCAUAUAGGCCACCAAACAGAGUCAGGUGCUAGAGUCAAGCCAACCCUCAAAGAGGAAAGGUUCCAUAUCUUUUCAAAUCCCAUGCCCACAAAACCUUUCUGUCAUCUAACAUGCCAGCAGCUGGCGAGGGCUCAUGAUAAGGGGAGAAUUAGAUAAUUGUUAACUAUGGUCAUCCCUUAAUUUAAGACGGUGCCAAGAAAUUAAUCUCUUUCCUCUCCAGCCUUCACCUCCUAGUGGGAUUGCCUGGGCUGCUGCCAUAUAAAUUGACUGGAUAUUGAAGGGUCUUUAUCAUGAUGAUCAGUAAUAGGGGUUUAAUACGAAACUAUAUUAAAGCAUUUUCAUUAGCGUGGUAAGUUUGGGUCGAUGAAUGCCUCAAUCGAAUCAGUUUCUGAAUUGGUUAUUAAUGUAUGAUAGAAAUAGGUGGAAUUCUGGCGUUUUAAGUCGGAGAAAUUGUCAACUUAAACAGGGAGAAAUAAACCCCUCUGAAGAGUCUCUGCUUUCAUAAAUGUUCAAGUUAACAGGAUAUUUUACCAAGAGCCAAGCAUAUAAAAAUAUUAAGGGAACAGAUGUGUGGGGGGAAAAUAUUGGGUAAAGGAAACUCUACCUCAUCCUUCUUUAAAGGUUUCAUAGAAGCACAAUUAAACACUCCUCAUGGCAUUGUUAUACACAAACCAUCUGGCACGAAAGAAACACUUUAUAUUUGUAUGUCUAAACUUCCUGUUAUAACUGUAUUUUGCUGGCAAUAGAAGCAGUCUAUAUCGUUUGCAGUUUCCUCAUCAGAUCUGUAAUUAUGCAGUGUUUCUGGUUUCAAUAAAGGGAUUUAAUGGCC